AUGUCAAAGGAACUUGAAGAGGCAUUGCCACAUCACAACAGCAUGGACAUCACGAGACCCGGUGAUCCUACUGAGAAAUCCUUUCAUGCGAAAAUGAAGAAACACUUCGCACAAGAAGUAAGCACGGAUCAUGCAGACAUUUUGAUGUUGAUCUGUUGUCUCAUCACUGGAUUUCUAGACAGCACAUUGUAUAAUGCUUUCAAGACCUUCGUGUCUAUGCAAACUGGCAAUACGAUCUUCGUAGCUCUCGGUGCAUCGGAUCAGAACAAUCGACCUUUUGGUUGGGCAAGAUCGCUCAUCUCGAUCGGUUUCUUUUGCAUUGGCUCCUUUAUCUUCUCAAGAUGCCAUCGCUUCUGUGGCCCCCUUCAACGGAGUACUCUCGUUGCUUCGUUCUUAAUCCAGAGUUGUUGCAUCUUGCUAUCAGCUAGUCUAGUCCAGGGCUUCGUCAUUGAAGGCUAUGUACCGGCUGAUUUGGGGACUCAUUGGGACCAGGUUGGUCCGAUUGCAUUGUUAAGUUUUCAAGCAGCCGGUCAAAUCGUCUCUUCUCGCUUCCUAGGCGUAGGAGAAGUCCCUACCAUUGUCAUUACAUCGCUUCUCUGCGAUUUGUUAUCCGAUCCUCUUCUCUUUGCUUCCGUAACGAAAAACCCGAAGAGAAAUCGAAGAGCGAUAGCUUUUGUAUUGACCAUGGUAGGUGCGAUUGUUGGAGGGUGGGUUAGCAAGGUUACAAAGAGUGUUAGUCCUAUGCUCUUUGUAGCGGGUGGUUGUAAAAUUGUGUUAACCCUAGUCUGGGGUUUUUGGAAAGAAAAGGUAUAG